AUGCCGUGCCCUGCGUGGCUGCUCGCCCUGGCCUUGAUCGGGACCCUGACGGCUGCCCCGGGCGGCCGCGCCCAGCCCGAGGCGCCCCCGGAAGACGCGGCCCUGGCGGCGGAGCACCCCGGCCUGGACGACCUGCAGCGCCAGGCGGAGCGCCUCCUCCUCCUCCGGGAAGACCUCCAGAGGCUGCGCGGGGACCUGGGCGAGCUCUCCAAGUCCUUGGUCCUUCGCAGACUCGACUGGCUCUCCAAGCGUCAGCAUCCAGGCAAAAGGGCCGAGGAGGCAGAAGAGGGCGUUGAAGAGCCGGAGGAGGAGGAGGAGGAAGGGGGAGCUGCGGGGCCCCACAAACGGCAGCACCCCGGCCGCCGGCAGGACGAGGCCGCCUGGUCGGGCAUCACCACCCAGCAGAAGCGGCAGCACCCGGGCCGCCGCUCCCCUUGGCUCCAAUACGCUGUCACCAAGAGGCAGCACCCGGGCCGACGGCUGGUGGACCCCAAGGUCCAAAGGAGCUGGGAAGAAGAGGGAGAGGAAGAAGGGGGAGAAGGGGCACUGAUGCCGGAGAAGCGUCAGCACCCCGGCAGGAGGGCCCUGGGAGGCCCUUGUGGGCCCCGGGACGCCUGCGGUCCGGCCGGCCUCCUGCUGGGGCUCCUGGAUGACCUGAGCAGGGACCAAGGGGCCGAGGAGAAGCCGCAGCCUCCCACGCGGUGGGCGGGCUGGGUCCAGGAGCCCCUGGAGGAGUGA